UUUUAGCUUAUGGUAAUUUAGAAAGAAGGCUGUCAACUAUGCUCAAUCACUUGGUCAAUCUCGAAUUUUACGAGUUCGAUUUUAAUGAUGAAGAUCAAAUUUGCUCCCUUCUAUGCAUCCUUAGAAGUUCUCCCAACUUGAAGUUGCUUAACCUUCUGUUGAGUCGGAUAAAGAAAGAUUCCAGGAAAGUAGAUGUAACUCAGUUGAAAGUACAAGGCUGCAGGAUUGAUGAACUCAAUAACCUUCGAGCUCUGAAAAUACAUAGAUUCCAUGGUUCAAGAGUGGAAUUGUUAUUUGUAAGGUUAGUGCUGGCAUCUGCGCCUAUUCUCGAGAAGAUGAUCAUUAACGUAGAUGAAGAAGUUAGUGAAAGACAGGCAACUAAGAUUUCUAAGAUUAUUGGCGUCUGCACCUAUUCUCAAGCGGCUCUUACACAAGUAAUAUGCCAAAGGCAUCAGCGUUGAAGCAGCUUUAUUUUUUCUAUAAAUAGAGAAUCAAAACAAUUUAUUUACUUUGUAGUCUUUAUUUUAUACAUUUCUCUACUUUAUUUACUUUGUAGUCUUUAUUUUUAUA